GCAUACUUCUUGUAUCGCAUCGCAUCGCAAGGCGGUUAUGUGUGUGGGAGCCAUAAAAAAAAAGUGUAUUUUUCUGUAUUUUGUUAUUGCAAGUGAAAAUAACCUAUUGUGUGCGUUGAUAGAAGAUAUACCUGAUGAAAUGAAAAAAGAACUUAUGAGAUUAUAUAAAUUAUAAGAAAAUGGCUGAAGAAAGUAAAAAAAUUUCUUUUGGUUUUGCAAAGUCUGUAAAAAAGCCAAUUUUGAGCAAACAAAAACUACACCAGGAGAAAAAAGUGGAUUAUAUCGAAUGUUUAGACGAUAAGGCAAUUAAAGUGAUCGGGAAGGAAGAGAAAAAAGAAGAACUUGUCAUUAUUCCACUAUUGGAAUCUAAUUCCUGGCAUGACAGAAUCAUUAACAAAAUCAAAACAAGUAAUGAUGAUAUGCAAAAAGUCAAGAUCAAGGAAGAGUUACAAAUAUCUAACGGUGAUUUAACAUCAAUUGAUAGGAGUGUUUCUCCUUCUAAUAUACAGAUAAAAACAGAUUCAUCUAUUGAAAGUAAAAUUCUUACUUUGGAUGAACAGGCAGUUAAAGAAAUUAUAGAAGAUCUCAAUGCGACAGAAAAAAAUAACGAUGAUUUGCGUGAUAUAACAUUAUCUUUAGUUAAGAGACAGAAUUUAGAGGGUGCAGAAGAAAGUACAUUAGAAGAUUACGAAAAGAUUCCGCUAAAUGUCUUUGGUUCAGCUAUGUUACGAGGUAUGGGAUGGAAACCUGGCGAAGGAAUUGGUAAAAAUCCAAAGCUUGUAACACCCAUUGUGCCUGAAUUAAGGCCCAUAGGGAUGGGACUUGGUGCAGACAAAACAGCAUUGCAAAAACAGGAUGGAAAGAUUCAAAAAGAGGAGGAAGAGUUACGGAUACAAAAAGGAAGUUUUAUAAAAAUUGUUGCUGGCAAGCGGUCCAAUGCAUAUGGCCAAAUAGAAGGCUUUGAUGAUGGAGGAAGAUUAAUCGUUAAGAUGGCACUGAAUGGAAAUACCAUCUCUGUGAAUGAAUGCAUAGUUCAAGUAGUAACAAAGCUGGAAUACUCGAAAAAUUCUAAAGUUCUAAAUGCUGCUAAGUAUGAAGAACAUAAGAAAAAGGAAGGUGUAAAUAAACGAAAAUCUGUAUCAUUGGAAAAUUUAAGCAAUAACGAUAACAGCGAUUCAGAUAUACCUGAUAAGAAAAGAAAGCACAGAAAAAACGAACGUGAAUACAAAUCGAAGAAAUCAAGUAGAAAAUCAGAAAUCCAUCGAAGAAAUUUAUCCGAUAGUGAGAAUAGUAGUGAUACACAUAGCAAUAAUAAGAAAAAAAAUAAAAAAACUCGAAAACGCUCCAGUAGUAGUGAUAGGACUAAAAGGGCAAAGAAAUCCAAGAAACACAAAGGAAGAGAUAAGGAACAACUAAAGGAUAAAAUAUCGGGAUCUUUUGAAUCUAUCGAUAAAAAAAAAUCCAAAAAACAUAGGAGGUCUCGAUCAUCUAGUAGACGAUAACAUGUGUACAUAAUAUUGUAUAAAAAUCGCAACGUAUAGCGUAUAAAUAUUUUAAGUUCUCUACUGAC